AUGCCGUCCCGUUUUUCCAAGAACCGCAAGAAACGCGGACACGUGAGCGCCGGCCACGGCCGUAUCGGCAAGCACCGCAAGCAUCCGGGUGGUCGCGGUAACGCCGGUGGCCAGCACCACCACCGUAUCCUUAUGGACAAGUUUCACCCGGGUUACUUCGGUAAGGUCGGUAUGCGCCACUUCCACCUGCUUCGUAACCGUCAGCACUGCCCCACGGUGAACGUGGAGCGUCUGUGGACUCUGGUGUCGGAGAAGACCAAGGAGCAGGCCGAGAAGGCCAAGGACGGCAAGGCCCCUGUCAUUGACGUGACCAAGGCCGGCUACUUCAAGGUGCUCGGCAAGGGCCGCCUUCCGGAGGUGCCCGUGAUCGUCAAGGCCAAGUACUUCUCGGCUGAGGCGGAGAAGAAGAUCAAGGCUGUUGGUGGCGCCUGCCUUCUGACUGCUUAA